CUACUUUAGUCAGUCAUGAUUUGUGUUUAGCACAAAAAUUCGGAGUAAUAAAAAUUCACUCGAUUUCUCAAAAAUCAACUAUUUCGGCCUGUUCAAAAUUCUCAAUUUGGCGAUGUCGCAGAAGUGCGAAGAUGUCUGCAAAUAUCCGCUGCGAGAUUUGUCCCAGAAUGCAGCAGCAGCACAACAACAACAACGCUGCUGCAACAUCAGCGACAACAACAACACCGAUGAGGCAAACCGUCGUGAUCGUAGCGCCAAAUAUAAUUCGUUGUGCUGGCAUCUGAGUCUUGUCAUGCUGGUGAGCACCGUGGUCCUCGCACUGGUCUGGACUAUUUAUCUCAGUUUUGAUUAUUACUCCUGCUCGCUGGAACAACGUUUCGCCCAUAUGCGAAGAGAUUUCAUGUUAGUCGAACAGCGACGUCGCCUGGGCGGCAAAUUGAAGUUGUCGGCACUCGAAGGACUGGCCAACGAUCGUCUGUUGGCCAUUAAGCAGAACGAUGAGGAUGUGCAUCACAUAUGGAACGAUUAUCAGCUAAGGUCAUACUAUCUUAGGAGUUACAAGAUCAAUGAAACCGAUCUUUAUACUGUGCUGCGUGCGAUGCCAAAAGGUGGAUUGUUGCAUGUUCACGACUUUGGUUUGUUCAACACAGAAUUGCUGAUCAAUCGUACCUAUCAUCCGGAUCUGUGGACUUGCGUGGCUCGCAAUGGGGUCUUUGAGGAGUUUCGCUUCGCACGUCGUCGUCCCAACACGCAUUCCAAAGGUGAAUAUGCAUGUCAAUGGGUUUUGUUGGAGGAUUUGCGUAGUCAGGAUAAAACGCACUAUGAGCACAAGCUAAGAAAGAUGUUGUCUAUGAAUGGACAUAACUUUAAGAACUCUAGUCACAUGGCUGGUCACCUGAGACGUGCUCAACGCCUCAUUUACGGAUUGGUUAGUUUUCGCCCUUUGUUUCCUUCGUUGCUGAUGCACAUGCUCGAGGAAGUCUAUGCUGAUGGUGUCAACUACAUCGAGCUGCGCUCUGCGCUGCCAAUAUUGUAUGAUCUGGAUGACACGAAUUAUACCAUCUGGGAUACGGUCUCUGCUUACUAUGUCGCAUCAAAUCUAUUCCGCACCAAUCACGAGGAUUUCUUUGGCUUGAAGUUGAUCUAUGCUCCAGCGCGUCACAGCAGUCAAAGUCAGCUGAAAAGCUACCUAGACAAUGCUCGAUUUCUUAAGACACAAUUCCCGAAUUUCGUUGUUGGUUUCGAUUUAAACAGCUUUGGCGACGAGUGCCAUCAACCAACGCUGGGCACACAAGUUCAAUUGUUGCACGCUAUGAAGCAAUUGGACUUUUACUUUCAUGCCGGCGAAUCACGUUGUCCGACUGGUGAAUCGCAUGCAAAUCUCGUUGAUGCCAUGUUGUUGGGCAGCAAACGCAUUGGCAAUCCAAUCAAUUUGCCGCAGCAUCCGGAAGUCCAGAGGACAACAAAACUACUGAAGAUGGCGGCGGAAGUGUGUCCGCUUUCCAACUAUUAUCUACAAUAUGUCAACGAUUUUGGUCAGCAUCCGGCGGCAUCUCUGAUUGCUUCGGGCCAUCCCAUUGUUGUGGGCUCGGAUUAUCCGAGCUUUUGGAAUGCCGCCCCCCUUACUGAUGAUUUCUAUGUGACCUUCGUGGGCAUUGCCAAUCAGCAGGCCAAUCUCCGUCUGCUCAAGCAGCUGGCCAUCAAUUCGCUGCAGUUCAGCGCAUUGCAUGACAUUGAUAAGCGUAGAGCACACGCUCAGUGGCAAUGCAGUUGGAACAAUUGGAUCGAAACUUUAAUGGGUCAAAGUUGAUAGUAUUUCCCUACUUCCCUUAUUUAGUUUAACGAUUGUGCCAAACUUUUAUUAGGAAAAACAAUUUUGUUUGUUCUGAAAUCUAUGGAAUUUAUAUAGCUAUACUAUCAACUUUUA